AUGAGCUCCCGCUGUGUUACAUGCAACCGAUCCUUCAGCAGCGAAGAGGCUCUUCAACAACACAUGCGCGACUCUCCUGUUCAUAGCCCGUCGUACGGCUGUAAUAUCUGCGAUCGUUCCUUUGGUAGCGACGAGGCUCUUCAACAGCACUUACGCGACUCUCCUAUCCAUAGUCCGUCCUACGACUGUGAUAUCUGCGAUCGUUCCUUUGGCAACGACGAGGCUCUUCAACAGCACCUACGCGACUCCCCUGUUCACAAGCCUUCUUAUGACUGCAGCACCUGCGAUCGAUCUUUUGGCAACGAUGAGGCGCUUGAACAGCACUUACGCGACUCUCCUGUUCACAAACCAUCCUAUGACUGUGAUACCUGCAAACGAUCCUUUGGCGACGAUGAAGCUCUUCAGCAGCACAGACGCGACUCACCUGUUCACAGGCUUUCCUAUGAUUGCGAAAGUUGCAAUCGGUCCUUUGGAGAUGAAGAGGCUCUUCAACAGCAUCUGCGCGACUCUCCUGCUCACAGGCCGUUCUAUGACUGUGAUACCUGCAAUCGAUCAUUUAGCACGGAAGAGGCUCUUCAACAGCACCUUCGCGACUCUUCCAUUCAUCAGCAAAGCACGGAAACACCUUUAGAUGCUGUACGACGGACGCAUGUCAACAUCGUGGAUUUGAUCGAAAGCAGGCGGGGAAACAAGGAAGGAGUUCAGACCUUUCGAAACGUCAACACGCUACGAGCCUACACCAAGGAGACAAACAAGAUAUUUCCCAAUAAGUUUCACGGAGAAAAUUGCAACGGCGUCUUGAGACACCUGCUUCGAAACAUACAUCGCGCGAGCCUUUGA